AUGCGCCUCUGUGGGGGCGAUGGGCUGCUGCCUGGGACAGAGGACGCCUCGGAGCAUCAGAAGCAGCUGAAGAAGAAACAGAAGAACCGGGCGGCGGCCCAGCGCAGCCGGCAGAAGCACACGGACAAGGCGGACGCCCUGCACCAGCAGCACGAGUCACUGGAGAAGCACAACCACGCCCUGCGGAAGGAGAUCCAGGCCCUGCGGGACGAGCUGUCCUGGUGGAGCCAGACGCUGCGAGCCCACGAGCGCCUGUGCCCCCUGGGCUCUGCCCCCUGCCCUGCCCUGGAGCCCUCCGGCUGCUGGGGCCAGGCUGAGCAGCCCAUGGGCCCCAGGCCCCAGGCCCACCAGAAGCAGCCCGGCCUGCUGCCCUCCCCCGCCUCUCCUCCCCCCGCGCAGCAGGUCCCUCCAGAGGCGCAGAGCCCGUCCUGUCCAGCCUCCUCCCGUCCUCUUGGUCCCACCGCAGUCACCACACCCGCCGCUCAGCGGCCCCCUACCCCUGCCCAGCCGGCCUCACCCACUGGCUCCAGCCUGCUCAGCCCUUCCUCUAAGUUCAGCCCCCUCCUGUCCAGGCCACCAGCCCAACCUGCCUCCCCGCAGCCCCUCGGGCAGGAGCAUCCCACCAGCGGGAAGCUGGGGCCCCUACUCCACUGCCCCUCAGCCCCUCAGGGGCAGGGCAGGGACCACAACUCUGCUCCUUCGGUGUCUGAUUUGCAAGGGCUGGAGCCCAGCCCCCACCUCCUCCUGGCCUUCCCCCUGCUGGCCUCUGCCCAAGUCCACUUCUGACCCGGCCUGGAGCUGGGCUGGCCCUUCCUCGGGCUCAGGAAGCAGCCGCAGCACAGGGACACCUCCUCCGUGACCACUGCAGACUGGCCUCUUGGCUGACCGGCUGGCCCAGGGUUUCACCAGGGACGGAAGUCGUCAUGGCGUGCUCACCGCUCUUCUGGGCCCUGUCCGUGCCACGAUCUUAUUUCAUCCUACAAAUGCAGUUUAUUGGAAGCUCAGGAAAGCCCAGGGAACUCUCCAAUGUCAAGCAGCCUUUCGGGGACCGAAGACCGCACCCUUGGCUUCUCCAGGCCCAAAUAGGCCCAGCCGGGGCCAAAGUUCUGGACACCAACAGCGGGUGUGAGCAGCCUGAGGUGCCGAGAUGGGGGAGCGGUUCUCCCUCUGCUUCGCCAUCCCCAGACCCUGAGACCUCACCCUCGUUGGGGCUGACCCCCUGGGGGGAGGGGAGAGGCCCAGCAGGAGCCGGCAGGGGCCCCCUGUGCCAGGGUGGCCUUGGCCAGAAGCCUGGGACUGCCCCAGGGGUCUGCAGUGGGGAGCCUGCAGCCGUGUGCAGCCGGGGAGGCGCCCGGAGCAGCCCUCCAGCUGCUCCCAGCUAGUUCAAGGGCCGGGCCAGAGGCCUCUGCUGUCAUUCUUCUCACACACAGGAAAAGGCCCAGUGAGAAAAUGGAUGCACCGGGGGCGAGGCUGUCUAAGCACAUGCUGGCCAUGAACCCAGGAGUGGGGAAACCCAUGUGGCUCUAGUGCCACCUCCGUCCCGGGCAGCCCCAGACCCCCAUUACCCUCAAAAUGGCCAGAGCACCACCCUGCCUUGAUCCUUGACCUGACGGCAGCUGGAAGAGCAGGAGCUGGGGACAGGUGGGCACCCAGCUCCGUGUCUGCUCCAAGGGCUUCUCCCACCCACGCAGGCCAGGGGCUGCUAGGGGCUAAGAGAGACUGAAGCUUUUCACCCAGGUUUCACGUGCAUGGAAGCAGAUGCCAGGCUUCCCUCACGCC